AUGGCCAAUUGCUUGCGGCCUUUGACUACUCCGUCUCCUCGCAUCUGCCUACCUUCCCGAACCCCCAAGCUCCCACCCGACCAACCCCCCGUGUCCACACUCAGACUCGCACUCGGAGCCCCUACCAUCGUCUCACAAAGAGUCUCACUCGCCUCCCUCCCUCCAGAUCCAGAACCUCCAUUCAAAAUCGACGAGAAAGAAGACAUGAAAGUCCUAGUAAUACCCACAGGAGCGAUCAAAUCUCAGGUCAAGGGCGGCCCGGGAGUGAAAGGGUCGUCUAAGCCCGUGAAGGGGCCGUCCAAGCCGGUCACGUUUAAGCCGGUCAAGGGAUCAUCUAAGCCCGUCAAGACGUGA